AUGAAGCAGAAGACCACGCCAGCCAGAAAAGCCCCCGGGGGGCCACCCCCAGUGCCCCCCCCGCCGCCACCGGUGCCGCCGCUCCUGCUGGAUCCAGAUAAACCCGUGGGCAUCGCUGUCUCCGUGCCGGAGGGGCAGAAGACGGCAGAGCCCGGCAGGUUAGACCAGCUGAGACCCCAAGAGCUACCGAGGGCUAAGGAGUCGGCCGCCGUGCCGGCAGAGAAACCCCGGCUGAGCGAUGGGCACCCUGGGAAGAAGGCACUGAGCAUCCUCAGCUACGUCAGGGGUCCCCUCCCCAAGGACAUCCCGGUGCCGCUGUCCCACAGCAUGAACGGCAAGAGCAAGCCCUGGGAGCCCUUCAUCGCCGAGGAGUUCGCCCACCAGUUCCACGAGUCGGUGCUGCAGUCCACCCAGAAGGCGUUGCAGAAGCACAAAGCGCUGACGGCGGAGCAGAACCACAAGCUCGACGCCUCCAUCCACUACAACAUCCCCGAGCUGCAGGCCUCCAGCCGCCUGGCUGCCCCCUCGCACAACGGCACGGCCGAGGGGCCGCUGCCCCACCGGGCGCUGCCCCCGCUGCCCCACGACUCAGCCUCCGAGGAAGAGGAGGAGGAGGAAGAGGAGGAAGAAGAGGAGGACUACCCCAGGCCCAAGUGGCAAGGGAUCGAGGCAAUUUUUGAAGCUUACCAGGAACAUAUAGAAGAACAAAACCUGGAGCGCCAAGUGCUGCAGACCCAGUGCCGGCGGCUGGAGGCCCAGCACUACAGCCUGAGCCUGACGGCAGAGCAGCUUUCGCACAGCAUGGCGGAACUAAGGACCCAGAAGCAGAAGAUGGUCUCGGAGCGCGAGUGCCUGCAAGCCGAGCUGGAUCACCUGCGGAAGUGCCUUGCCUUGCCUGCAAUGCAGUGGUCUAGGGGUUAUUUCAAGGGGUAUCCCAGGUGACGCUCCUUGGGCUAGGCCGAACAUAUAGUCUAGAAAUAAUAAUCUAUUUUAUUACCUUGAAUAUUUAAUAUUUUUCACUGGGAGGUUUGAAGCUAAAAAA